CGACGGCAGAUCACAAGGGAUUUAAUGAGCACCAGACUGAAAAUCAUAAUAAAAGGAGAAGAGUAUUCUUCGCCUACAAACACAUUUUAAAUGGUGGUUCUGUAGCGCUCCAGGUGCAGCAGCAGGAUGAGGAUCCGGCUGCAGGGUCCCGGCCACGCUGCCGGCCUCCUCGCUGAGCUCAACCGCUGCCGCCAAUCACGCCAGUACUGCGAUGUGUUCCUGCAGGUCGGCAACCGCACGUUCGCAGCGCACCGUGCCGUGCUGGCCUGCGCCGGGUCGUACUUCCGUAACCUGUUCACCCGGGCUCCGGCCACGUCCUCCGCCGCCUUCUCUCUGGAGUUCAUCUCCCCGGCUAACUUUGAGAGGGUGCUGACGUUCGUCUACACGGGGGAGAUCCUGACCGACCUCAUCGAUGUGGGGGUGCUGUACGAGCUGGCUGAGAGGCUGGGUGUGAAUGAGCUGAUGAAGGCCUGUCACUCCACCUUCCCUGACCUGCAGGCCUCUGUGUCUGUGAAGGCAGGGAGUCCCGGGGAGCUGGACUCAGGCAUGGUCUCUGCUGCUGCUGCUGCGUCCACAGGUGUCUCCGCCUCCUCCGUCUGCUCCUCCGCCGCCUCCUGCUCCUCUCUGUCCUCAUCAGCAGGUCCAUCUGCCGCCCCGACCCCCGCGGCUGCCCCCCCCUCGCCUCUCUUCCAACCCAGGGCCAGCCGUGAGGCUCACACUGGGACUACGUCUCUGCACCUGAAGGCAGAAGACAUGGAUUCUCAUAUCGGCUACGGGCAGAUCUCAGCGGAUCCACCGGGAGGACACAGUCUUUUAACCAGCAGCCAGUCCAGUGAAGACGUACCGCCUCCGGUGCUCCAGCUGAAGAUGGAGCAGGGGGUGGAGGAAGAGGAGGCAGAAGGCAGCUGUGAGGACGCAGAUGGACGAAGGGUUUCUGAGAGCGCAGGAAGCUCUCUGCCUCACAGAAACCACGCUGCGUCGUCUGACUCCUGCUCCUUCCCAGACUCCUCGGCUCAGAUCGGAGCGGAGGCCCCAUCCUCCUUGUCCUCAGGAGACCCUCUGAGAGACCCUCUGAGAGACCCUCUGAGCGGCCUGCAGGUGGGGCCGGUGGAGGGCAGCGUGGUGGAGCUGCAUAGGGACGGCAGGUUGAUGUUGUUUGGGGAGGAGGGGGAGCAGAGGGAGGCUCUGAAGGGGAGUAUGGAGGGAACAGAGGAGGAGCAGUGGAGACAGCUGGCGGGAGAGAUCAUCGAGCUGAGUGACGACGAAAACUUCAUGGAGGACGGUGAGGAGGAGGAGGAGGAGGAUGAAGAUGACCUGGUGUAUGUGGAGAACGGAGAGGGCAGCCAGGUCAACGUGUUCUCCUGUAAAGCGUGUGCGGCGGCGCUCCCAGCAGACCCGGCGGCCAUCAGGAGACACGCAGAAACCCACCUGACGGAGCAGGGGCUCUGCAGGGUCUGCGGGGCCUCGUUCCCAGACCGCCACGCCGGGCUGGCCCACUCCCACUCCCACGUGGGGGUGCAGCUCUUCACCUGUGAGAUGUGCCACCUGCAGUUCUGCAGCCAGAGCAAACUGCUGCGUCACCACCGGCAGACGGCCUCCAGCUACACCAUCCCCCAGGGGGCGCUGACCAGCAGAGGGGAGGGGCCGGGCACAGAGCUGCAGUGUGCCGUGUGCAACAAACCCCUCAGCAAGGACUUCCAGUCGGUCAGAGACCACCUGCUGAGCCACGUGUGUCCUCAGAGCCUGAGCUGUGGGGUGUGUCGCCUCCCGCAGCUCUCCCUGUGCUCGCUGCUGUGGCACGGCCUGGCCCACCUGUCGCUGCCCGUUUUCAGCUGCCCGCACUGCGCCUGCUGCUUCGUGCAGCGCUGCAUGCUGGACCGACACAUGGCGGCGCACGCAGAGGAGGCGGCGGCGAAAGAGCGGGAGCGUCUGGCGCUGAGGGCGUUCAGAGUCGGGUCGGACGGGGAUGGAGACGGAGGUUCGGCAGGAGUGGAGGAGCUGCACUGCUUCCUGUGCCCGCAGUCUUUCCGCUCCACCUCUGCCUUCCAGUACCACCUCGGCUUGCACAGCACUGAGGCCCCUGGUGGAGGAGGGGGGGUCCCGGGCUGGUUUGGAAAACGUAAAGCUGACCAGCCUAUGGAGUGCCUUGCCUCUUCCUCCUCUCAGCGUGAGGUUGUGAAAAUGAGCAACCUGGGUUUGGGGAUGAGCUUCAACUUGCCAGAUAAGUUUUUUCAAGGUUCCAUCCACAACCUGCCCUCGGGGGUCCUGACCAACGGGAGCGCGGGGCAGGACAUGGGGGUCGGGGCAGCGGGGGUCCGUGGGAAAUGGUACCGGUGUCGCUACUGUGGCAAACGCUUCGCACACUCGGGGGAAUUCACCUACCACCUCCGCAUCCACACAGGAGAGAAACCCUACCAGUGCAAAGUGUGCCUGCGCUUCUUCAGAGGCCGCUCCACCAUGAUCUGCCACCUGAAGACGCACGCCGGCGCGCUCAUGUACCGCUGCACCGUCUGCGGACUCUUCUUCUCCACGCUGAAGAUGGUGGCGUCGCACAUGGAGCUGCACAAGGACCACUUGCCGCUGGACUUCAACAUCGAGCAGACCUUCAUGUACAACGAUCACUCUAAAGAGCCGCUGCCCACUGUGGACGCCUGACGAGCUCAUCUUCGCUUCACUGACACUUCCUGUGUGUCUGGUUGUCGUGGACCACAAACUGCUAUAAAUAGAAUAGGGCUGGAACUAUUGUAUAUUUUUAUUUAUCUUUUUUUGUUGAUGAAUAGUCUGUAAAAUGCCAAAACAAUUAUUUUAAAGCACAUUUUGAUUCUGAGGUGACAUCAAGUUGUUUUUUGGAUUGCUAAAUCUUAAAAACCACACAUUACUUUUCUGUUUAUCCAUUUAUUACGUCACCUCUUUAACAUGUUUAUACUUUAAGAGCGUAGUGGACAUAUAUAAUCUGUCAGAUGCUGUUCAUUGAGUCUGAGGUGUCUCUUUGAACUAAGAUAAAAAGCAACCACUUGAUGGCAGUGUAUCAUAUUUAUCUACUCCGAUUGAGUCUGUAACUUUAUAACUUUAAUAUGGGGAUAGGUUUGUAUGUCAGUGGUUGAUAAUUACACUGUUAUUAAAGUAGCACCUCAUUGUAGCAUAUCAAUUAUUUUCCUAGAGUUGCAGUCACUAUUUUCACACUUUUUGAAGUUACAUUUUUGACACCACAGGUACAGCAUGACCAUCCACUUAAGAGUGCUUUUUAUUUGUCAUUGAAUCAUGAAACGUGUUGUUUUAUGUUGAAUAAUGUUUCCUUCUAUAUGCUUUUAGAAUGUGCAUUUUAGCCACAUGCUGUGUUCACUUGUUUAGAGCGUGUGAGCGUGUUGUAGAGAUAUUUAAAUGCCCAUCACCUUUCUGUGUGAUAUGUGUCUUACCUCAUAUUUAUGAUGGCAGUGUAACUGUUAUUUGCCUUUAUACAUAUCUGUUUUUCAAGCUAUGUUUGAAUGUUGGCCUUUUUUUAAAUAUGGUUUCUUAAAAAUAAUUAAAUAAAUGCCUUUUGGAAGACUGUUAUCACCCCCUGA